GGCAGGAAGUUGCCCCUCCCUCCUCAUUGUGCAGAGCUUAAAGAAAGCGGAAGGAGGCAGUGGAGGAGGCUUCAUUUCAGUGCGAGUCUGCGAAAUAGCGGCACGGUCCUCUUUGCUCAUCGAGACACCGUCUGCCUUCCUCUCCUCCCCCCAUCCUUUCUCCACCGUUUCCUCGGCCAUAUUUCUAAUUCGGCUUAAUAAUGGUAAGUAUAUGUAUCAUGGUGGGGGGGCGGGGGGUGGAGGAUUGUGGGAGUUUGAGCAUCACAGAGACCCCGUUGUUGGAGAUGCUGCGGGGGCAUCUCCCUCAGGCCGCCAUUUUCUGCAGCUACCGUCAUGCUGACGGUCGGUUCCCCUGACCGGCAGCCUAUCUUCAGUGGCCGCUGAGCAAAGACGCCGGCUGUGUUUUUGUUCCCACUGUACCUGGCUUAGACUAUCUAGCAGCCUUUAACUAUCUUAAAGCUGGAAUGGUGACAUGUCGACGCAAUCUGUGGUGACUGCAUUGCACACUGCUUACCCGUUAUCUCACGGCUGUGAUGCUCAGUAACACCUGUAAUGGUGGCGGCCGCGCUCCCCUUUCUGGCUUUCUCUCAUUGAUGCCGACUUUACGUUGGGGAGGGGGCGCUGCGCGCUCACUCUCUCGCGCUCAGUGUGUGUCGCGCGGCGACAUGACAGCCCUUUUGGUCCUCGAGCAGCGAGUGCCGUUAUAUUACUGGGUGUGGCCAAGGAUCGCGUUACGGCUCCAUCCGCACAAACAAAACGCCCGCUGACGGAUGUUUCAUACUAUUUGAGGUUUUGUUUACCCUAGUUUGUCUGGAAUAUUUCCAUGCGCAUCUUAAGAUGCAGUGGUUGUGAUUUUAAGGUGGCUUUAAAUGCAGGACCACCCCCGGUGAGUGACGGCAGGGAUGGUGCCGUUACACGGGCGGGUGCGGUGAAUUGUCAACUGGCUCACAGAGCAGUCUGAAGGCUCGCGUGCGCCUGGUGUCUGGAGGCGCGCGCGCAAUCCGUUAGUGUUUUUUUUUGUUUUGGUUUUUUUUUCUUCUUGUCUUUCUGUGGCUGUCCGCGCGCCCAGCGCUCCCUCCCGCCGUUACAUGUCCCCGAGCUAGUUAGUGAGGCCGUGUCAGUGGCGAGCAGUACACAUAUAUUAAAUGUACGAGCAACUUCUAGCGGCUGUCAAGCGUUAAACAGCCGUUGCGACUACACUGGAAACUGAUGUGGAAAUACAUCCUGGGCAUGAUAAUGUGGGAUCCUAGCUCAGGGAUAGGCCGCUUUCAGCACUACAUCUCCCAUUAAUGCUCUUAGCCGCAAUGGACCAGAGUCAGGGGAGAUGCAACCAUCAGCGCCCCUAAUUUGGAUGGCAUCUUUCUAACUGGAACAAUAGUAUUUUAUUUAUUUAGCACCAAGCUUCAAACCCCCUCUCGGACAACUGGUCAGGAGUUUCCCAAAAAGAGAACUCGACACAUUACUUUUGUAUAUUAAACUUGCCGUCAAUGCAGAAGGUUUAAAAAAAAAAAACUGAUUCUGAUCAGUUUUUAUUUAUUGUAAAAGGAAAGAAACUAAAAUACAAAUAACUGUAGACCACUUAACUUUUUUGUUUUAAUUAAAAAAAACACAACUUGUGCAAUCAAAUGUGUCUACAAUUGAGCAUCCAGGCAGUUUCCUCUCUGCACCAAUUCUGUAAUGAGAUCAGUAAUGUCAGAUGGUUCUAGUAGAGAAUGCAGGCAUAUGGUGCAUGCACAGGAAUUGCCUUGAUCUGUCAGUCCUAUGCUGCUUUGAGAAGCACUGGCUGCUUUAAGUCAACCUGGUGCUUGCGGAGUCAGAGCACAUCCUCCUCGCUCCUAAAUCGAUGAAUAGCAGACUAAAGAACCAUUUACUGUAGUUGGACCACCAGGGAUCAUGGCCUCCCUCCAAAUUCAGAUUAGUGAGUAACUGUUCUAGUCUUUAGGCGGACGUCCCAAUCUGGGUCUUUUUUUUACUGCCCUCCUGACUACACUACAUCUAGCUGCCCCUAGGUGCAUGCGCGCAUAUGUGUGGAGAUGCACUCUUCGGUCAUUAUGAAAGUGGUAUUUAAUGUAUCAAAAGAUCUACAUACAUCCGAUUGACAUUUCAAGCGAUUUGGGUCUUUAUUUUGUGACCGGUCCUGGGUGCCACCAUCUUAGUGUGGGCAGGUGAAGGCCCUGUGGGACACAUCAUCUGCACACACUAGAUAGUGCUGUGAUUCCUGCGCAUGCCCAGUAAAACACCUGGAAUUUCGUUCAUCAGACUAAAUCAGACUAAAAUUAAUAGAAAUUUGAAUGAACGAAGACCUCUUUGUUUGUCUGGUUUAUUACAAGGAGGGAUCUACCGGCUCGCUGUUCCCUCCUUGUAAUAUGUGAACAUGGAAGUGGCAGGGAGCAGUGCUCCCCGCCACUUCCAAACUCCCUCCAUACGCCCCUCCCAUCAUUCUAUGAGGGUCAAUGGUGCAUUUCAGAAUGUUUGCAAACAAUAGGCACCAAGAUGCUUCCACUGACCUGAAGAGAUCCUUGGUGUAGGUGAGUGAGAAAACAGACUAAGGUCUGCAUAUGGUACCGGGCAGCACGCGAGUCAUGUGAAUUUGUAGCAAGAGACAAGUUAUUAGUAUUUGUGUAGGUCACCAUGUAUUAGAGAUGUUAUGAGUGGUAUCCUGAUAUGCAUAACAAACUAAACCUAUAUUAUUUAAACAUUUGUAAAGAUACGAGGCACUUGCGAUCAGCAAGAAUCAUGAGACUAAACGGGAAGCUUAACUGAUUAGUUAUUGACUUCGCUGGACAACAUAUACAAGAGUAUAAAUCCGAUUUUUAGGGAAUGUUGCUAUGUAUCAAAUUAACAGGGAGAAAGAUGAAACUGGGAUAUGUUAAGACAUAGUUCCCUAGGAGGUUUUCAGAGGCUUGUGUGCUCAGUAUGAAAGUCUAGGCGAAACAAUUCUCUCUAGCACACCUAAUGCACUUCACCACUGAACAACUUGUCUGCUCUCUUGCGCCGUCUGGGAGCUCAUUCAGCCGAUUCCUGCUGAGGCUGUAUGAUAGUUCUGCUUCCCAGCGAGGCAGUGCAAGCCUUUGGACCCAGAUGUUGGCCGGUGUAGGCCAGCUUGCAAGGUCAGGAUGAGGCGUUGCAUACCGCUGGCUUGGAAACCUGGCAGGUGGAGUAAGUAGGCUUGCUAUUGGUAGCGUAGCACCAUGCCCCAGCCGUUUAAGUUUCUGCGGCAACUUGUGCUGAGAUGGAGUUAGGUGGGUCUGCUUUCUUUUCAGCCACUGUGAGUUGGGAGCCAUGUAAAGUUUGAUCGUUUAAACAUCAGGAUGUUGGAGUUUUAGUAGGGUCUCGCACGGAGCUCUCGCUUGGUGCAACCAGUUGGCUCAGCGGGCAGGCCCUGCUUUAUUUUUAUUUUAUUUUUUUUUAAACCAUCCGGAAGAACGUCUUAUUGUUUGUCAUGGCGAAUUGUAUAUGACCCCCAUAUUAGCAUAAGGGAGAUUAAAAUCUCCCAAAUGCCCCUACUAGCUAUGCUGCAAGUAGGGGCAUGUAUACUAAACAGUGAGCAGCCAGUGGCCUGCCACUCCACAAAUCAAAGAGGACCUAGCACAGGUCUCAAAUUGGUUAUACUUUGAUUUUUAUAUAGUUGCAUGGAGAUGCCUUAGGAACUGACUGCACGUUUAUUAAUAUGCAGUCUGUGGCCACUGGUAGUUUUAGCAGUUUGCUUUCAUCCAGUGGGUUUGGCGUGCUCCGGUAGCUAUGGGGAUGCUGUCAGACCUACGUAACAGGUGGGCAGAGUGUCCGUUGACGUGGGAGUUUCCACGAGCAGUAGGCGUGCAUUAUGGGCAUUCAAUUGCCGAAUAGCAUCGGUAGUUGUCCUAGUGAUGCCAGAUAACUUACUAUGGAGGCGGACCAUGCCUCUGACGUUUUUGGAAUCACUCAGGUGUGCAGCCAAACUCCAGAGCAGUAGGCCCAACCCACUUAACGAACAGCUGGGGGUGGUUAAUGAUUCAUUUAUUCAGUAUAAAAGCAGUUUAUUUGUAUUUGAUCAUUUCUUUGUGUCCUGAUGAAAGUUCCACCCCAGAACUGAAAUGUCUACAAUUCGUGACAAUAAAUUACUUUAUUGGAAAUCCAGGAGUGCCGGCAAGUUUUCUGUUUUGCAGUUUAGAAGUGUGGCUAGGCCCCCAGUGUCAUUUGGAUGGAGGUAGGAGUGCAAAGGCUUGGACUAUUUUAAUAAAUAUAAGUAUGUACCUUGGUUUACCAAUUUAAUGGGUUCUCCGGGAAGUUUCUUAUUGCGAAAAGCUUGUAAACCGAAACAUGGUUUCUCAUAGGAAUGCAUUAAAAACCAAUAAAUCCGUUCUGAAGGUCAGAAUAAAGUCAAAAUGAGCUGGCAUGGAAACAAACCCACAAUGCAGAACACACAGUAAAAGGCAUGCAAAUGAUGAAGCUCGGCUCCCUACUUUUCCACCGCUUGAGAAAUGUACCCAAACCUACUGCAAAGAAUUUCCAGAAUGUCUCCAAAACUCUAUGCAAAUGCCACUCCCAACACCUUCACACCAGACACCACGUGCUACCCACAGACUCCAGCAUGCAGCAUAGCGGUGCUAUAACCCUCCCAGUUGCAAUGCAUCCUGGGGAAACUUGCUUUGUAUUGCGAAAAAUUUCUUUUUAAACAGAGGCAUUAUUUUUAAUGGAUUUUCAUUUGUAAACCGAAACUUAUGUUAACCAAGGUUUUGGUAAACAGAGGCACCACUCUGUGUGUAUGUAUUUUAUUCAUAAAUCUACAUGUAGACUUCAAAUAUAUAAAUAUGUAUAUGAUUUAAAUUCUACAUGCAUAUUUAUGUAUUUUAUUGAUUGCAAUUUCAGGGACCUGCCUGACAACCAGGCCGAUAGUCCAGAGAAUUUAAUUUGCUAGCACUGUAUUUAACCCUGUAACUUUCCAUGACACCCUAAAACCUGUACAUAGGGGGGAGGGCUCCUCUUUUACUCAGGAGACUUUGAACACAAAUUAGUGUUUAGAAACUGUAAAACAUUUGAAGAGUGUAUGGUAGCCCAUGAAUGAGAAAUAUCCCCAUGAUGACAUAACAUUUGCAAAUACCCAAGGUAUUGCAAGUGGGGUUAUGUUCAGGUGUUUGUGUGUGGGUGUUUUUUAGCCACUUAGUCUCUGACACUGGCCCAAGUUAGUGUUCAUAAUUGUGUUCUACAUUUUUAAAAAUAAAUGCUAACUUUGGCCAGUGUUUGUGAAUAAGUGGCUACUAAAAAAGACUGGACAUACCCCAUAUUGAAUACUCUGGGUUGUCUGCUUAAAAAAAGUACAUGUGAGGUGUGAUUCUCAGAUUUAUGACAGAUGUGUUACAAUGUAACUAUUGAUACAUUUUGAAAAUAUAUAUUUUGAAACGGCAAUGUCCUUUUAUAGCCCUAUAACUUGCAAAAAAAGCUAACAUGUAUUUCUAAACUAUUUAGCACAGGUGUUUUUUGGCGGUUGUAGAUGUGUCAAAGUUAGUUUUUUUUUACUUUGAUCAUUUACUAUAAAAAUGAUAUUUAAAUCUUCAGAAAGACCGUUUAAGGGUGAGAAACUGUAUAAUGUGUGGGUACAGUAAAUGAGUAAGAGGAAAAUUACAGCUAAACACAAACACCGCAGAAAUAUAGAGCUCUGGUCACUAAGGGGUUAAGAGAUAACAAGGCACACCAGAGAGGACCACUAAGGGGGAGAGGAACAAUAAAUAUUAUUGAAAACAAAAUCUGACUGGCAUGUAUAUUUUGUGCAUUUACCACUUAAUAAAACAAAUUUGCUUUAAAAAAAGAACUUUUUUCAAAACGGUAAAUGUACAGAGUAUCGGUAAGUUAUCUGCCUAAAAGUUCAGAUUCAGUAUCGGCUCUAAAAAAAAAAAAAAGUAAAGAUAUCGGUCGAUCCCUAGUAAGUUCGGCAUGACAGUGCCGCUUUAAGAGCUGAAUGCUACACACUACACCCUUCUCCCUAUAUACCAUAUAAAACAAUAUUGGCUUUGGAACAUUUAAUAUAAAGUCACUGGAACUUCAGGGGUUAAUAUCAAUAGUGCAGUAGUCCUCUCAUUUUGUCCACUACUGCUGGGUGUUUAAGUGUGAGAGACAGAUCAGAAUACAAUGAGCCUGAAAUUCAAACACUUGACUAUUUGAAUCUUAAACUGACUUCUGCAACAGAUCUAAGGUUGUUAGUUUAUAAUGGGUGGGACGGUUUCUGUUGGUUCCUAUCUGCCCUUUAGGCCUCUGUUGGUCAUAUUACCAGAACAACCAGUUGGUGGGUCUUAAGCUCUUAGCACCAUGAACAAUAGAGCUCAUGUAGUCUACAUAUUCUGCCAAGUCAGGCUCUCUGAGUUCUUAAAUAGUUCUUCUUUUAAUGCACUCAAACAGCUCUUUAACCCCUUAAGGACCAAACUGGCAUAAAAGGGAAUCAUGACAUGUCAUGUGUCCUUAAGGGGUUAAAUAUUACUGAACCCAUGUCUGCAGCCAUGACAGAAUGUCAUAACAUAGGUGUUUCAAAUUUGUUGCAGUAGAAAAAUAAGCUGCCUAGGCACACCCUAAUCCCCGUGGCCCGCGCUAUGGGCCACAGGAAGUGAGGGAGGCAGCUCAACUUGGUUCCUCUCGGUAACCGUGGCAACACUCAGAUCUCGCGAGAAUGAACUCUAGCCCCACAGGAUGGGGGGUUAGUGUUAACUCACCACUGGACCACCAGGGAUGGCAGCAGCACUGUUGCUCCCCCUACAAAAGGUUAGAAGGGAGGGUGGGAUAUUAACUAAAUGACCCGCACAUAUACAUCACCCUUAGACGCACAACCCUUACACACAUACACACAGCAGUGUAUGUGUGUGUGUAUAACUUCUAUAUAAAGACCAUGGUCUCGCUGUUUAUAUUCUGGUUAAUCCAGCCUUUAGUGGCUGUCUCAUUGACAGCCGCUAGAGGGCUUCUGCACUUCUCACUGAUUUUCAGUGAGUAGACGCCAGCGUCCAUAGGAAAGCAUUGUGAAUGCUUUCCUAUGGACUGGCUGAAUGCGCGCACGGGGCUCCUGCCGUGCAUUCAGCCGAAGAGGAGGAGAGCUCCUCGCCCGACGCUGGAGAAAGAGUUUAACCCCUUACUCCUUAGAGCCUGGCUGGGGGCACCCUCAGGGCACUAUAGUGGUCCUUUUAAGGGGUUAAAGCCGCUCCGCACUUUGUGUCCCGUUUUCUCCACCCAAAAUGUCUCUCAUAAAGACUGUUGGAGUUUGUGUGCUCUCUCGUGAGUGCACCACUGAGCAGGUGAAGAGCCAGGAACGGGAGGGCCAGCGGGAAGACACCUUGCUACAAGUAAAUAUACAAAAUGUAAAAGACCCCAGAAAUGUUCUUAUCUAGUGCAGUCCCGGUAUAGACUUACAACACUUGCAGAGCUUAAGGGCGUCCAGCGUCUAAGGGACUGAGUUGCUUAGUAUCAUAGAGGUGCUUCUAGAGGUUGUCUGAUAAACAGCCACUGGAGGCAGUCUUAGUCCUGCAAGGUAAUUAUUGCAGGAGUAAAUGGGACAGGCACUACACCUAGACCACUUCAAUUAGAAGAAGUGGCCUGGGUGCCUCUGUUGUGCCUUAACACCAAGUAUGAAAGGAAUACACAAGUGCGCAUGCAGAAUUUCCUUCACGUGCAUGGAGCAUCAUUGGUAUCACACCUCACCCUCUACACCAGGGUUUGAGAUAUAUGCUUUGAAUCUAGGAGCCAGUGGUGGGGGUGUGUGUGUGUGUUUUUUGUUUGUUUUUUUCAAAGCUGUUUAGUCACACUACCACUUAUUGCAUGAUCUUUGAUGUAAACCCUGCCUUUUCAGUGAAGAAAUCCUCCAGUUUUCAGUGUGAGCCCUAAAACCAUACACCCUUGCUUGGGUGGUGUUAUAUGGAAUGUUUAGCUCAGCAGUAAGUACUUUUAUUCUUCUGAACCUCUGCAAGCCAAUGUCUACCUGUGGCAUUAUGUGCUUGUAGCUGCGGUAGAAGAUCUAAAAAGUUAGAUCACCCUGUCAACAAAUGCAGUGUUAUAUUAAAAGGGUUACUUUAAGCAUCAUAAACACUACCGCCUGCUGUAGUUAUGGUGCCCCAGUAAUGAGGCAAACCAUUCUUACAAUGGUUUGUCUUUUUGCCUAGGUUCCCAUGCACAGAAAUGACACUAAAAGGUCUGGAUCUCUAGUUGUAUUGCAGUUGUCUGAAACUUAAAUCAUGACUCUUGACACUUUCUUUCCAGGCUUCAGGUGUGGCUGUGUGUGAUAAAGUUAUCAAGACUUUCAAUGACAUGAAGGUGCGCAAAACUUCCACCACAGAGGAUAUGAAGAAACGCAAGAAGGCUAUCCUCUUCUGCUUAAGUCCUGAUAAGAAAACCAUUAUCCUAGAGGAGGGCAAGGAAAUUUUGGUUGGAGACAUCGGUACCACAGUUGAUGACCCCUACAAGACAUUUGUGAAAAUGCUACCCCUGGAUGACUGCCGUUAUGCCCUCUAUGAUGCCUGCUAUGAAACAAAUGAGACCAAGAAGGAGGAUCUGGUUUUCAUCCUCUGGUGAGCAUGUGCAAACUAGGGAAGAUAUUUAUAAAUCUGCUUCUAGCUUGGGGGAGUAAUGUAAAAUAAGACUGAAGCUAGAUGUCCAUUUUGUAUAUAACUUAGUGUGUGUAACUGGUUCUUGUGCCUCUGAUAAUCUGUUGCCUGAAAAUGGGGGGGGGGGAUGUCCCGUUGACUGACUAACAUGUUUGUAGCAAACUGGAUUAAUCAUGCAUAAAUGGGCUCUUAUAAAAGUAAUAAGCUCCCAAACUGUUUUAGAAACUUUCAUUGUCUUGUUUUGGAAGAGACUACUAUAGUGAAAUACAACUUUUUAUUAAACCCUAGAAAAAGCAAUAUUUGCUCACACCCAAUUCUACAGCUCUGAGGCAGUGUCAUGGCAGCGAGACAAGGUGCUGGGGAAGUGACACACAAAUGGAGCUAUGGAGAAGGGCUGGGGAAGGGGCAAAGGAGAGAGGCUUUAGUCUGUUCAAUUAAAACCUACAGGAUAUUUGGUAAAUUAUAACUAUUCAGAUUACUAAACUGGCAUUUCAUUUAAAAGACUGCCUAAAACUAAAUUGAAAUUUGCUGCCAAAAUUAACACUGCUCUGAGGAAAGUAGUGCUUAUCUAUGAAUCUGUCAGUCUAGAAGUCCUGCCAAAUUGUAUUGCACAACACAAACGUGGACACCCAGAAGCAUUUUGUGCAGCAGUGACUCCUUUCAAGAAUAGAUGACUACAGUUCUUCUUGAUAAUGGACAAAUUGUUUCAAAAGGCACUAAUAGCAGCUAUACAACUUUACUGUACAUAUUGGGCAAACUAUAAGCAUGUUUCUUUAGAUUACUAUAGAUAUGUUAAGAAUUUCAAAAUGGUGUUUAGUGUCUAUAUUUUUUAUUUUUUCCUCCUUUUUAGGUGCCCUGAUAAUGCUUCACUGAAAAGCAAAAUGAUCUAUGCCAGUUCUAAAGAUGCACUCAAGAAAAAAAUGACAGGUGAGUUGCUGCUUCUAAUGGAUUAUACACUAAAGCACUGGAUUAAAAGCUCACAUAGGCUGUGCAUAGUGUGCCUUCCUUAAGGAAAAACGGAAGGUUUUGUGGAAGUAUUAGUUGGGUAGUGUAGCAUUUCCAGUAACUGGAGUACUCACUGGCUUCAAUUGUCAUUUAAUGAAUUAAAUGUUAGGCAAAGCUGACCACCUGUACAUUCAGCCUGACUUAGCAUGUUAUCUCUCCCUAUAACUUUCCAAGACACCAUAAAACCUGUACAUGGGGGGUACUGUUCUACUCGGGAGACUUUGCUGAACACAAAUAUUAGUGUUUCAAAACAGUAACAUGUAUUACAACGAUGAUAUCGCCAGUAAAAGUGACGUUUUUGCAUUUUUCAUGCACAAACAGCACUUACACGGACGAUAUUAUUGCUGUGAUACUUCUUACUGUUUUGAAACACAAAUAUUUGUGUUCAGCGAAGUCUCCCGAGUACAACAGUACCCCUCAUGUACAGGUUUUAUGGUGUUUUCAAAAGUAACAGCAUCAAAUAUAAGGCUUGCGUUUCAUUUUUUUCACAUAAAAAUUCGCCAGGUUGGUUACGGUGCCUUUGAGACCCUAUGGUAGCCAGAGAAUGAAAAUUACCCCUAUGAUGGCAUACCAUUUGCAAUAGUAGACAACCCAACUGGGUAUGUCCAGUCUUUUUUAGUAGCCACUUAGUCACAAACACUGGCCAAAACUGGCUUUUUUUUAUUUUAUUUUUUAUUUUUUUUGCAUUUUUUUUGCAUUUUUCACAAACAAAUACUAAUGCUAACUUUGGCCAGUGUUUGACCAAAUGGCUACUAAAAAAGGCUGGACAUACCCCAUUUGCAAUACCUUGGGUUGUCUACUAUUGUAAAUGGUAUGCCAUUAUGGGUGUAAAUUUAAUUCCUGGCUACUAUAAAGUCCCAAAGGCAACGUAACCAAUCUGGCGAAUUUCAAUUUCAAAUGGAACGUGCUAUAUUUGACCCUGUAACUUCCCAAAACGCCAUAAAACCUGUACAUAGGGGGUACUGUUUUACACGUGAGACUUUGCUGAAUACAAAUGUGUAGUUUAUUGCAGUAAAAGCAAACAGUAUUAUGACAUUGACAGUUAAAAUGUCAUGUAGAACUAAAAAAAAUUAAUAUAAAAAAAAAUGGGAGAAAAGAAGAAUUUUUUUAAAUUAUGUUUCAUAGCUAAAUAUUUGAUAUUAAAUGAAAGCCCUGUUUCCCCUGAAUAAAAUGAUAUAUAAUAAGGGUGGGUGCAUUUACUAUGAAAGAGGUAAAUUACGGUUGGACAGACAUGUAGUGCAAAUGCCAGGUUUUGUUUACAUUUUGUUUCGUUCACAACGUGUACAUUUGGCUCAGUCCUUAAGGGGUUAAGGAACAACAUGACAUACAAGAUGCAUAUUUGCCUGUGUAGCCAAAAAUCUUCUCUGGCCUUUACAAAAGCCGAUGUUUUAGCAUUCAGGUGUCGAUACAAUGGCAAGGAGAGACAUCAGCAAUGUUCUUAGAGAAUAAAUUUCUGCUGGCCCUCAAACUGGGUUACAAGUCAAUUUCCAAACAAAUUAAAGUCUGUCAUUGCAUCUCAGACUCUACAGGCCUACAUUAGCAUGUUAAAGUUCAUGACUGUACAAAUAUGGUUUGUUUAGAAAGGUUGAAAGGAGAGAGCCUCUUCUCUCUAAAGAGCAUAGCAACACUGCUUAGGUUUGCGAAGUUGCAUCCGAAAACUUCCGGUACAGACAAGACCAAAGGCAUAACUCACAGCAUCACUGCAUAUCAGUACAAACCCCUCAUACACCUGUCUAGAACUGGUGGCGGUGUGAUUUGGGCUAGUUUUGCAGCCACAAGAACCUCGGAACCUUUGUCAUUCAACCAUGAACUCCUCUGUAUACCAAAGUAUUCUAGAGUUAAAUGUCAUCUGUCCGACAGCUAAAGCUUGGCAAAAAUUGGGUCAUGUAAUAAGACAAUGAUCCCAAGAACACCAGCAAAUCUACAACAGUGGUUGGUUGAAAAAAGAAUCAAGGUGUUGCAAUGGCCCAGUCACAGUCCAGACUUCAACCUAAAUUAAAUACUGGACCAGGACCUCAAGAGCUGUGUAAAUGCCAGCAAAACUCAAUGAACGUGCACACACUUGACAAAUCCUGGUUGCCAUUGUGACUAGAAAUUUUGCCAGUACUGCCGGGAAUAAUGGAGCCGGCUGCAGUGAGCAGGAUGCUGCUCGUGGGGGCGAUGUGCAAGGGAGCAGUGCUCUACCUGUAGUUGCUCUCUGCUCCCUUGUGCUCUGUGUAAUGAUGCCGGGAGCCAGAACAUGACACCGCCCCAGCAUCAUUGGAGAGCAGCUACAGGCAGAGUACUGUUCACUCACACGCAGGAUGAGAGCAGCCCCACUGGACACCAGGGUAGAGAAGCUGAGUCGGUUUCAAUAAAAAGUGUGUGUAUGGGAGUCUAUCAGAAUGUGUGUCGGGGUGUGUGCGCAUUUAUGGCUGAGAUUCAGUCUUUAUAAUCUCGUCUAAGCCAAUGCUUUCCUUUAGAAAAGCAUUGGGGGAUUUUGUGCAUGCGCAGCAAAUGUGCCAACCCACAUCUCCUCAGAGAUGCAUUGAGUUAAUGAAUCUCUGAGGAACAUUCAGCGCAUCCAUGCAGAGCUUGGAGACACUGAAUGUGGAUGCUGCACAUGGUGCAGCAGUGAUCCAGGACACUCUAGUGGCAGUCUGUCACUAGAGGGGUUACUAAAAAGCAAUGUAAACACUGCAUUUUCAAUGAAAAGGUAGUUUUUACCGUCACGGGAGUCGUAACCAACAUGCAGGAAAGAGGAAACUACAAAAGGUGGAUUUGAAAGACUUAUUACUGAGUCUUAGAAUGGCCGGUCUUAAAACUAAACAAGAAUCAGGGUCAAGAAUAAAUCAAGGACAGGAAUACUUGGUCAAGGCAAAGUUUGGGUCAGGAUACCAAAAAUCACGAGUCAAAGACUGGAAGUCACGAGAAUCACUAGGAGCACUAAACGAGUUUCUAACAAACCACAAUAGGGCAAUGAAUGGGGUCUAAAACAAGCCUUAAAUAGGCUUACUUAUGUUCUGACAGGUCUACGUCAUCACUGCGAUCCAAAACAGAUUAGGAUUGCAAUGAUGACGUGGUCACUCUAAGAGUGAAUGUGACGUCCACAUCUAUAUAGUUGUGUAGUUCAGUCAGACCUCGCAGCAGGAGGAGUUAGUCUAUGAUCGAGUGAGGUGAUGAGGGGGUUUCCCUUGGUCUGUGGGGAUUGGCGGAGGUAAAUAAUGCCACAUUUAUACUGAAAAGCCUGCAGGGACAGGCUGUAGUGGUUAUGGUGAAUAGUGUCCCUUUAAGAAUUGCAUUUUUUUUGUUGGAAAUUACUGGCUCCUAACAUUUUUAGGUGGCUUCUAGAUUCCAAAUAAAUUUGUCAAGCCCUGAACUAAAGUAAGUUGUAAAGAAUGGGCCAAUAUUCCUCAUUUGAGGUACUGUUAAAGUUAUUGAUGCUAAAGUGGUAUAAGGUGUACUUUGGUUGUUCACUCAUGGCGUCUCAACUUUAGCUUUAUUUCUGUUGAAUCAUGACAUGCUGUAAUGUCAUGUUCAUCUGAUGUUGUUUACUUAAUUUUAAGACUGGAUAAGUGAAGACUUGACAAAUUUGCAUUAAAUCUAGGAACAAAUGUUAAUUUUUUGAUGGCUUUAUUUUCAGCAAUUAAUACAACUCUUAAAGGGACACAAGCCACCAGGACUGUCCUUGCAGAGAAAACAGAUUGUCCUGAUAUGUAAAACCACAGAAUUCAAAAAGGAUGUAUUUUUGAUACAAAUACAAAGGAUGUAUUUCUUGAUCUAUGUAUGGCAUUUUGCAUGCCUUUUUGAAAGUCCAAUGAAGCAAGUUCUAGUACUGCCAUGUAGUAACCAGACUUUUUUUUUUUUUUUUCACAUUUUGUAGGUAUCAAGCAUGAGUUGCAAGUAAACAACUUAGAAGACCUAAUGGAUCGUUGCAUUCUUGCUGAAAAACUUGGAGGCAGCAGUGUCAUUUCCCUGGAAGGAAAGGCCUUGUGAAACUCCCAUCCCAUUCCUUACCCAGUGUCUGUGCCACUCCUUAAAGGGGCUUCCAUGUACCCAUGAUCACAGUGUCCCCUUUGUAGACCCUUUAUUCACAAUACCCUUUUUUUAAAUAUAACUGACACACCUACAAGCAGGUACCACCUAUCAACACCUUCUGUAGACAGGCCCAGCCUUCCUCUUGGUAACCUGCCUUUUGGUCUCCACCUUUACAGAUUUGUUUUUUUUUCUUUUCUUAUUUUGGGCCUUGAAACAUUGGCAGCUUUUCAGUCCGAAUUUGCACAUUGGCUUUUUUUAAUUUUAUUUUUUAUUUAUAAAUUUUUUUUUUUUUUUGCUGCCCUGCUCCACUGCAAUCUGCAUUUAUCUUAGAAGUUUGAGUUAUUUUUGCCAAAUGCAACCUGGCAGCAUAUAUCCAUCCUGCUAUAUAUUCUAUUCUUCUGUACAUGAGCUGUAACUGUAGAUAUUCCCAUUGUGCAUUGAAUUCAGGAGGAUCAAACAGCUGAGUGGUUCCUACAUUCCUUUGCCUAUUUAAUAGCUGCAUACCAUUUUCACUCAUUCAUUCCUUUUUUUUUUUUUUUUUUUGGCAAACUAUUUCAGCCAAUGAAGUACUCUUAAUUUAAUGUUUACUUUAAACUUGAGAUUGUGGGACACCGCCCCUUCCUUAGCCCUGUAUUCCAUAUUUUUGCAUUUGAAAUAGAUGGCCGCAUACACACUAAAUAUUUUGCCAAUUUAUCUCUGCAAAUUACAUAGUUUCAUAGUUGAAAAGAGACUUGCGUCCAUCAAGUUCAGCCGUGCUCUCAUGUUUUUGCUGUUGCUCCAAAAAAAUCCAGUCUGAAGCCCAAAUGUAUGGCCCUCUGCUCCUCUACUAUUAUGGAUAAAGGGUCUAUUUUUGGGAGGGUGUAGAUUUUGUUUUCUGUAUAAGAUUUUCACCUUUAGUACCUCUUGUCCCUACACCUCAAAGUCAAACAAACAUUAACUGCGGUCUCCAAUUUAUUUUUUCAGAGCUCUUUACUAAAUUGAGAAUUGUGAGGAACUUAAACUUCAAGGUCAGCAUACACAAACUGGAAGCAUUGUUGCCUUGGAGAAUUUUUCAUUUUGGAUUUCUUGACCAUAGAUGUUAAAUUCUCUAAUUUCCAACACUUUUCACUCUAGUAAAUAACUCUGUUUGUCUUGUGUUACUAAUAGUCAUACUGGCAAAUCCAACAUUAAUAAACUUAUAAAGGUAUGUGACUUGUGUUGCUUAUUUUCUUUAAAAAAAAAUUUAACUGUAAA